AUGCCUGAGAAGCCCCUAACAAUCGCAACCUACGCCGCAGGUGCAUCUCUCGCUGCAAUCACCUUGGUCUACGUCUUUGGGCCGACCUUCUUCCUCGACGACGAUGCCGCAAGCAGCAAGAAGAAGGGCGUAGUGGGGCUCAGCAAUGCAGCUAACGACUGCUUCAUCAACUCGGUACUCCAAGCCCUAGCAGGCUUACCAGACCUGCGCAUAUAUCUGAUAAGAGAAACGCAUCGGCGGAGGCUUGACGGGCCGGAAGUGUAUCAUGUGGACCCCGAGAGACACAGUGCUGGAGGUGCAACCAUCAAACCCAUAAAACUCGAAGGUCUUCAGAAAGGACUACUCACUUAUGGCCUGAAAGACAUAUUGGACAGUUUGAACGAGCGGCCUAUAUACAGGAAGACGAUCUCUCCGCAGCCCUUUAUCCGAGCUCUCGAGCGUGCUUUUGGCACUCGCAUCAGCCGGCAGCAGCAGGAUGCGCAGGAGUUCCUCCAAAUCGUAACAGAGCGUCUGUGCGAUGAAUACCAUGCGGGCACAAAGGCAAGGCGGCAAGCCAAACGGACCGGAAUCACAAUUACAAACGAAGAUACUGCGACAGGGCGGGGGGAUAUCGUUGAGCAGUUUGGCGGGUCUGUUGAGGCUUCAGGCAGCGAGAGUCCGGUUGAAGACCAGGAAGACGAAGCGACACCUACAGACGAAGAAGGUUUCCCAUUCGAGGGCAAGAUCGAGUCUCAAAUCGAGUGUCAGACCUGCCACUUCAAGCCGAAGCCCUCGGUUUCGACCUUUGUUACUCUUACCUUGAACGUUCCGCAAGUUUCGUCAACUUCACUCAACGCGUGCUUCGACGGCAUGCUCAAGGUUGAAUACAUCGACGACUUCAAAUGCGAAUGGUGUCGCUUGGAGCAUGCUCUAGAAACUAAAGACCACGAACUUUCCCGAGUCACAGAUCCUGAGCUCAAAGAACGCUUGCAGUCUGAUAUCUCUAAAAUACAACAAGCGCUAAAGGAGGACCCUGAGAACCCGCCAGAAAACGUUGAGCUUCCAGCAUCGAGUCAGUCCCCAAAACGUAGAAUAGCACGCCACAUGUACAUCUCGCAGUUUCCGAAGGUCCUUGCAAUUCACUUAUCGCGUUCCGUGUUUGCAGUUGGGAGCGCUUCCACAAAGAAUCUUGCCAAAGUAGCUUUCCCAGAAUCCCUUCCUUUAGGCGGUCUAUUACAUCGCAAGAACUAUCGUCUCCUGGGCCUGGUCUCGCACAAAGGCAGUCACAACAGUGGUCAUUACGAGUCGUUCCGCCGCCAGGUACAACAGCUGCCCUUCUCUACACCUGUAUCAUUCGGCACGGAAGGCGCUUAUAGCCGUCAGGCGAGUCCGCAUCCCUCUGCAGUGCCAUCUGCGGUCCAGAGCCCACGGAUAUCUACAACCAACCUUACCGGCAUCAACGACCGUGGAUCCCCGAAUCAUUCGACUCCAGCAUUAGAUUCCCCAUCAACCCGGUCGUUCUCGUCACAAGAUUCUUUAUCUUCACCAUUGCGAGGUCCAGCUCCAACAUCCGCACCUCGACAGCCGGAAUUUGACUCACAGCACCCUGCCUCAUCGUCACCCGAUAAGGAGUUAUCACGGAGCAAGAGUAUACGAUCUUUACGAGGCAAGGCGACAGAAACGGCUGCCUCGAUCGCAGAAGCGAACCCACUAAGGCGCAGGUCAAAGAAGGCCAGUAGCAGAUGGUGGCGGAUUAGUGAUGAUAAGAUCAAGGAGAGCAAAACAAAUGAUGUGCUCGGAAUGGGCAAAGAGGUGUAUUUGCUAUUCUACGAGCUGGAUAGAUCGUAG